CGCCAAACCCGUGUAAAAUAUAUAGCUGAUUUGGGCGCUCUAGCCAAAACGAAUCCUAUUUUGGCUAUUACCUUCUCCAUUACUAUGUUCUCAUACGCAGGAAUACCCCCGUUAGCCGGCUUUUGUAGCAAAUUCUAUUUGUUCUUCGCCGCUUUGGGUUGUGGGGCUUACUUCCUAGCCCCAGUGGGAGUAGUGACUAGCGUUAUAGGUCGUUGGGCGGCCGGAAGGUUUCCACGAGUAAGUCAGUUUGGGGGACCGAAGGCAGUUCUCCGUGCACCGGACACGUAGCUUACCGAAUCAGUUGCGACACGGAUGGGAAUGCAUGCUACGAAAGAUAGGGUCGAGAAACCGUCUACUCAAUAUCCUUGUACGAGUCCACAAUCACUACACGAGAUGAACCUUAGUUUGGUGAAUUGAAGUUGGCCUUAGGUGUAGUUACUCCGCGCGAUCGUAUACUGAACAAGCUAGAGUUCUAUAGAAUACAUAGGUACGAAGUGCAUAGUUCAACUCAUUUCGUUUCACUAUGUUCAACAACGAACAACGAAUAGUGAAACUCAUUUAGUCAAGCUAUGUUGGUGAAGCUGGUGCUCCCCGCCGGUUGUUGGAACGACGCGAGCCGGGUCUCGAUUCAGAAAGGGGGGUUACAAAUUCCCCAUCUCAUUGGGGGCGGAAAACGAAUCGACAUCUCGAUGUGAUACAGCCCUUUCUAUUUUAGUUGGGAAAGAACGGCGAAGUCCAUCCGAACCGUCCAAUGAAGAAUAAGAGGAGAGCAAAGCGCCAAUGGCGCGCGAAGCGCAUGGCUCAAAGAGCGAACGGAUUCAGUCGAAUGAGUUGAACAUAGUUCAACGAAUCCUCAGAAUGAGUUUCACUAUUCGUUUUCAACGAAUCGUUUCAAAUGAGUUGUUCGUUGAACUCAUUUCGUUUCACUAUGUUCAACUCAUUUAGUGAAACGAACAACGAAUAGUUCAACUAAUUUGGUCCAAAGAACGAGAGUCGGCUUCGCUCUAGCUACUUCGUACCUUUUUCGUUACACUCAUUCGGAACGAACGGGCACGGAGAAAAAGAAGUGUGGAGGAGAAGCAGCCGAGCUCAUUCCCUUCGCUUCCUGGGUCCAAAGCAGUAUUUCCUGGAGAAAGGAUUUGGGGUAGGCUACUUUACUAUCCAUAUCCAUUUUUUUAAUAGUAUGAAUAGAAAGAUAGAUCCAUCCAUCUAUAAAACUAUAAAUAAAACUAUAAAAAGAAUCGAUUUCAUUCAACGUUGACUCCCCCCCACUCAUGAAACGGCUCUGCUGCAAUGGAUGGCAGCGGGUCCGUAGUACCCGAAGCACUGGAGUGAUCCAGUAGCCGGGAAGGGGCCUAGAAGUGCCUACUACUACACCAAGGGCUCUACACAUUUACAAAGCUAACCCCUGUCCAGAGCUAAAGGGGCUUCAAUCCUUACNAUGAAACGGCUCUGCUGCAAUGGAUGGCAGAGGGUCCGUAGUACCCGAAGCACUGGAGUGAUCCAGUAGCCGGGAAGGGGCCUAGAAGUGCCUACUACUACACCAAGGGCUCUACACAUUUACAAAGCUAACCCCUGUCCAGAGCUAAAGGGGCUUCAAUCCUUACUAUAUCUCUUCAUCUCUUCGCCCAGGCUAACGGGGCCUUGGGGGAGCCUCGACUGUUGAGAGGAAGAUCCUUCUCUACAAGGUUCCUUCAACAUAGAGCCAGGCAGAGAUGGAAGAGAUCAAACACGGGAAUAAGAAGCAAGCUCGCCUUCCUUUUUUCUUUUUUUAUAGAGGGGGAUGCAGAAAGUGGACUCGCAUUUCUCAUCGAAUGAGUUUCACUAUUCGUUGACAGAGAACAGAGAUUCGUUUCACUAUGUUACACUCAUUUCGUUGAACUAAAUGAGUUGAACUAUGUUCAACGAAAUGAGUUUCACAUAGUGAAACGAAUCUUCAUACAAAUACAGUAUUUCAUUGGUUACAUAUUGAAAACGCUCCUAACCCCUUCCUUCGUAGAGCCCGUGUUGAUCCGAACCUGCCCGGAGCGAGCCUCCCAUAGAGGCAAGUUAAGUUGGUGAGCCGUAUGACGGGCAACUAUCUCCUGCGGUUCGGAGAGGACUCAGCUGUUAGUUAGUACCCCCUUGGU